GGAGCCGUGCGGGGCUCCUGCGGCGGCGGCGCCCGCGGGCCCGGCCCCACCUGCUCGCCGCGCUGGGAUGCGGCGCUGCCCGCGGGGCAUCCGCGGGGCUCGGAGGCGGCUCUGGCUUUCACGGCGUGUGCUUGGUAUAGAUUCAAGGCCGUUAGGUGCCUGAUCGAUAAUCGCUUUUUAAGUAAUCAUUCAAUCUAUUUUUUUUUUUUUUUAGUGCAGUAUGUUUCAAGAUAAAUAGCUUUCUUUCCUUCUGCAAAGGUGCAGACCUAAAGAGCAAUCAACCUUUCUAUUAGAUCGAGGUAUUUAGGAAAAGAGCGUUUACUGGGUGGCAUUCAUACCAUUCCCCAUCCCAUUAAAAUGUCUAGUUGUUGCUCACCUUGGGCAAAGGACAGCAGUUCAAUAGAAGCAUACUGGAUACAAAAACCUCUUCCAAUUCAGGAUGGUACAGCUCGCACAAGUAUUGCGUGAGGUGCCUCAUGACUAUUUUAGGUUUAUUCGGCUCAUUUCAGUGCCAUGAGCUAGCAGUGAUGUGGGUGAACUUACAUGCCAAACUAUUCUGUACCUUAGCAUCUUAUGCUUGAGUGGAGAACAUGAGCUUGGGUUCUGUAAGAAAGAAAAAAACUUUGGUGUCAGUAAAGGAUUGUAGUUACAUCUAUACUUUCUGUCUCUCCACUACCUUAUUGUAAGGAUUUAAAACACAGCGUGGUUUCUCGUGCAGCACGUUUCUUACUGCAUUUCUGUUUCUGAUCACAAUUCUCUAGGAAAAAGUUCAUUUAAACUAGGAAAAUGCUCAGCAUUUUCUGCUCAGCGGAAAAACUUUAUUAUUUCACGUUGUACUAGUAUUGUUAGCACUCUUACUGUAGUUGAGUAAGUAUAAAGGGAGAUUUUCCCUGGCUGAAGCGACCCAAAAGGCUCUUGCUGCUGGCAGCUGCAUGUGUGGCAGGCUGUGCUGCUGACAACUGUGUUCAUUGAGGUCAGGGGACAGACUCCUGUGACUUCCUUGGGGGCUGACGUUGAGAAACCAAACCUAAGUUUGGAUGCUACUUGGAUAUGGUAGUGCAUUGUCACUGAAUUAUUCAGCUAAACAUGUAUGUAUUUUUAAAUUUCCUGUGUAGUUAUACUUGAUUUUACAAAGGCUUAAUAUUAAUUGCAAAACAAAUACUCGCCCUGUGCAGAAAACAGCACAGUCAGAUCCACAGUUCUCAAAAAACAGAGAUGCUUUUCUUCUGGGAUGUGAAUGGGUUCUUCUAAAAUAAGAAUGCAAAGUAAUGUAGGGGAACACUAAAUUGCUGUGUUAUGGUCCAAUUUAAUUCUUGUCACCUUUUCAUACUACAUUUGCUUUUAGAAUAAAAGCAAAAAUGUUCUCAAAGCAACUGUGAAAACAGGUGGACAUUAAUGAGAGUCUUUCAGGCUGAAACCAACAGGAUCACAUAUCAACAUGUGAAACCUGCAGCAUGCCAACAGAAAAAUUGUAACGAGGGCCCUGAUAAGUUGUGCCUGGAGAGAUAAAAAACUGCCACGCUCCAUGCUGCCUUCCAGGGCGAGAUGCCCCGACAGUUUCCCAAGCUGAACAUUUCCGAGGUGGAUGAGCACGUGCGGCUCCUGGCAGAGAAGGUGUUUGCCAAAGUCCUGCGAGAAGAAGACAGCAAGGAUGCCUUGUCACUCUUCACCGUGCCUGAAGACUGCCCUAUUGGGCAGAAGGAGGCCAAGGAGAGGGAGCUGCAGAAGGAGCUGGCAGAACAGCAGUCUGUGGAAACAGCUAAAAGGAAGAAAAGUUUCAAGAUGAUUAGAUCCCAGUCUUUGUCAUUACAAAUUCCACCUCAGGAAUGGAAAGCACCACCGGCCAAUCCUGUCCUGUCUCCUGCAACACCAGUUCUUCCAAGUGCUUUUGUGCCAGUCCAAGUGCCAUAUGAUGUACCAGAAUUCCAGAGAGUUUCAAUUAGUGGGGACUACUGUGCAGGGGUUACAGUUGAUGACUAUGAACAAGCUGCCAAGAGCCUGGUGAAAGCUCUCCUCAUCCGAGAGAAGUACUCACGUCUUGCCUACCAUCGCUUCCCAAGAACAACAUCUCAGUACCUGUGCAGCAUGCGGGAUCAAAAAUGGAAGGUUGAAGAUGAGGUGUACCCAGAUUUCCAUUCACCCCCAGAAGAAAAUGAAGAUCCUUAUAAUCUGGAUGAUGCUCCAGACAAUCUGGAUUAUGUUAUCAAGCUGAAAGGUGGCAUUCCCUUUGUUUAUGAUAGCAAAGAGAUGAUGGAGCUCAAUGAGCCUCGGAGUUUGCCAUAUCCAGACCUGCAGACCUACACCCUGGACCUGAGCCAUGUUCUUGCUCUAAUUGCAGAUGGCCCAACAAAAACAUAUUGUCAUCGGAGGCUUAACUUUUUAGAAUCUAAAUUUAGCUUACACGAGAUGUUAAAUGAGAUGUCAGAGUUUAAAGAACUGAAGAGUAAUCCCCAUCGAGACUUUUAUAAUGUGAGAAAGGUUGACACUCAUAUCCAUGCUGCUGCCUGCAUGAACCAGAAGCACUUAUUGAGGUUUAUUAAGCACACCUACCAAACAGAGCCCGACAGGAUUGUUGCAGAGAAAAAAGGCAAGAAGAUGACUUUAAAGCAAGUCUUCGAAAGCCUUCACAUGGACCCCUAUGACCUCACUGUAGACUCUUUAGAUGUCCAUGCAGGACGUCAAACAUUCCAUCGAUUUGACAAAUUCAAUUCCAAGUACAAUCCAGUUGGUGCCAGUGAGCUGAGGGACUUGUAUUUGAAGACUGAGAACUAUAUUGGUGGUGAAUAUUUUGCUCGAAUGGUCAAGGAAGUAGCCCGUGAACUAGAAGAAAGUAAGUACCAGUACACAGAACCCCGCUUAUCCAUUUAUGGACGGUCUCCAGAUGAAUGGCUGAACUUGGCAAAAUGGUUCAUUAAGCAUAAAGUUUAUUCCCCUAAUAUGCGCUGGAUAAUUCAGGUUCCCAGAAUCUAUGACAUAUUUAGAUCUAAAAAUAUUCUGCCUAGUUUUGGGAAGAUGUUGGAGAACAUCUUUGUACCUUUGUUUGAAGCAACAAUCAAUCCCAAAGACCACAAAGAAUUGCACCUAUUCCUCAAAUAUGUGACUGGCUUUGACAGUGUUGAUGAUGAAUCCAAACACAGUGGCCAUAUGUUCUCUGACAAGAGCCUUAACCCUGACCUCUGGACCAGUGAGAAGAAUCCCCCAUAUAGCUAUUAUUUGUAUUAUAUGUAUGUCAACAUCAUGUUGCUAAAUAACCUUAGGAGGGAAAGAGGCAUGUGCACCUUCCUGUUUCGACCUCACUGUGGAGAAGCUGGGUCUAUCACACACCUUGUUUCUGCCUUUCUGACAGCAGACAACAUCUCUCAUGGAUUGCUCCUGAAGAAGAGUCCUGUCCUCCAGUAUCUGUAUUACCUUGCACAAAUACCCAUUGCAAUGUCCCCACUUAGUAACAACAGCCUAUUCCUGGAGUACUCCAAAAAUCCGCUACGGGAAUUUCUCCACAAGGGUCUGCACGUCUCCCUCUCCACAGAUGAUCCUAUGCAGUUUCAUUACACAAAGGAAGCUCUCAUGGAAGAAUAUGCUAUUGCAGCUCAGGUGUGGAAACUAAGCACGUGUGACUUGUGUGAAAUAGCAAGAAACAGCGUUCUACAGAGUGGACUGUCAGAUAAGGAAAAGCAGAAAUUCUUAGGGGUGAAUUAUUGCAAGGAAGGGCCUGAGGGAAAUGACAUUCGAAAGACAAAUGUUGCCCAGAUCCGGAUGGCCUUCAGGUACGAGACUCUGUGCAAUGAACUCAGCUUCCUGGCUGAUGCCAUGAGAACAGAAGAUAUUUCUACUCUGUCCAAGUAGUUACAAGCUCAGAGAAACCAGAAUAUGUUCCUCUUAAGCAGGAUAAGAUGCUAAUUAACCUCAAAUCACCUGUCUUUGAUGCUACAGAGACAUAACUGAACAGUACCGAGACAAAGGGAGUAUCUGUGGCAGGUAAACAGCGUUUCCCAUCACCUGUUACUGCGUUAUUCUCGUUGCAGAUUUUGGUUUCUACAAACAUUAGGCUUUUUAAGAUUGCUGUAAAUAUUAAAUGCAAACUCAGAAUCAUGUACUAUUUGUUUCAUACUGUCUUAACUGUGCCCUGCUGUGUAGCCUGGGAAACCAGAGAGAAUAUCUGUAGUGCAGCUGCGCUGUGCACCUGAGGAUCCUGCAGAUGCUGACAGCACGCACCCACCUGGAUUGGUCCUGCAAGUCUCAACACCAGUCAUGGCUUUUGACACUUUUAAGUUUAACCCUUUAUUCAUUAACAGUUUUUAUGGGGUGCAGAAUUUUGAGGCUACUCUUUCAUUCCGGAAGGUGUUAUGACAGUUUUUAACUCAAUGUUUCAGCAAUUACAUUGGAAAACAAGAAAAACCAACAUCGGAUAAUCUUGUUCAAUGACUAAUUAAUUCCUGUUGUUAUGUAGGAUGUCAGUGAAGAACAGCAGAUGAAUGCUUUUUAAUCUAGCAAAUGGAAAACUGGAGUCAAAAUCACUAUUAUACAUUGUAAUGAGUCUAAUUACAUCAAGAAAAUUUUGCCUUGAAAGAUUGAGAACACUUUUUUUAUUGCUUUGUAAUGGGAAUACGUGGAUAUGCCCGUUCAAAUUAUUUAGAAAUUUAUGCAGAUAAUUCUGGUUGCAUAUAAAGAGAAAUUUUUUACUUGAAAAAGGGAAGUGUUCUUAUGAAUCAGUGGUAGAAAUGCCAGACCUGGUUCUGGUCCUACUUCUGACAUAUUUUUACACAUUUGUUUUAGUCUGUAUUUUAGUCAACUACAGCUGAAUGGGAAGUCAAGCUGUCUAUUUAUACAGAAACCAGCCCACUUGAAAUCUGUCAUUUCAAAUCAUGGCAUGUUAUGUUAAAGUAUUUAUUUAUGAGGAAGUGGUUAGUAAAAUACAGCUACUGGAGUAUUUAUAAUUUUCAAUCUUUCUGUUUCAUCAUCUUUAUGACACAGUACUUCAGAAAGGAUUAAAGGUGAUAACAUUAUAGCAGCUAUGUAUUGUAGAAGCUGCACACAGUUUCACACCAAAAAUGACUCAAGGCUGGAGCAGCAGUGGGUGUGGAUGCCUGUGAGUCCAGCAGAGCAACUCCGUUCAAAGGCCUGCAGUCCCUGAGGCAGGAUCUGAGCCCAGGGUUAGACCCCUGGCUGUCUGAUAUCCUGCACAGGGACACUGGGUUUCUUCAAACAGGCAUUCAGCAUUCAUGCAUAAAAAAGCCAGAAACUGAUACUGGCCCAUCAAGGUUCACCUGACUUUGAACCCUGCAUGUUGUGCUCAGUCAGAUGUCUUGUGCCACUUGUAUUUCCUGUGCCAGGCCCUUCUCCUGUGCAAGGAAAUGGCACUGAAGUAGGGGAAGGAGGAAUUCCUUAUCACCUCCUAUAGCUGUGCAGCCAUGCAAGAACCUCCCAAGAGAGAUAAACCUAAAGAUGUCAGGAAGCAGCCUGGAAUUAAGGUUGCUCUGAGGGAGUCCAAGGCACAAGAGGGAGAGCUCUGGCCAUCCACUUACCAUCACAGUUAGCCAGUGUCAUGCAGAGGGCGCUGCAGUGAUUGCAAAACCAGGGCUGCAGACAGGUGGUGGGAAUUUGACUUCAGCUCUUCAGUGCCCCAGCCUAAUGUCUGCAAUGUGCCAGAUUUUGUAUUCCUUGUACCCCUAAAAAUCAUGUGAAACCACAUUAUGCUGUCCAGCUGUAUGAGAGUAAAAUAUUCCCAAGUUCUCAGUCAGCAGCCCCUGUCGGCCUCAGUGUUAGGAACUUCAGCAGUUCAUAGAAUACAGUCUCAGAAUUGAUGUCAUUUGCUUAGGAUGAAGUCUGAGAAAGUGGUUUCAGCUGUUCAGCUGCAUCAAAUGCAAAUGUCUUGUUUUCAUCAGUACAACUUUCUAAUAAACUGUUAUCAACAUAACAUUAUUUGGGAAAAACAUCUGCAUCCAGGCUAAAUAAGCAACAUGCUUGGUAUGAAGAAUUUCAAUUUGAAGUAUUUCCAUCUGAUAAACAUUGCUUUACUUAGGUAGUUUCACCUAUUAGUGCUGCUUUUGUUGUCACUUACAUGUUUUUUUUAGUUUCCUUAAAAUUACACCAAAUUUGUGUAUAUAUUUAGUACCUUUUCAGCUUUCCUUACCUCAGGUUCUAAUAGGUCUGUAGCUGUAAUUGGAAAAAAGAAAACAACUGGAUUUGCAUAUUCAGUGAAUGGACAAUAACUGUGAUUCUGACAAUAACCACAGUAACACAUAAGUGGUCAUGACCACAAGUUCUGCUUUCUGUGCUUUCUUGUGUGCUGCUUUUAAGGGGAAAUUGGGCUUCUAGCAUUAUAAUUGGGGAAAUAUAAACAGACAUCCUUUCAAGCUUCCACUACUACGUUUCUCCUGGCCAUCCUUUAAUUGGGAAAAUGUUACUGAUCGCCAAGUUCAGUUCUUAAGCUUUGCCUUGUUUUGUUUUUUUAAACUUGCACUUUUGUGCUAAUGUGAGGCUGUUCAGAGUAACCUUGAGGGCUCAGGCUGUGGCUGGAAUGAAAAGACAGAUCCAGCACAAGUCACUGCUGUACACACAGACACCAGUGCAGGACAGGAUGAUCCCCCGCAGCUGUGCUGAGAUCAAACCUGGUUAGAAUACAGCUGGUUUGACUCAGGGGCUGGAUGGAAGAACAUCACUGCAGGUGGCAACUGGGUAUGUACUGCUGCAGGAUGGAAGAACAUCCUACUUUCUCUUUGCUUCAUUAGGAGAGAGGCUCAAACAUUAUUCAAGGCUUCCUUAUAUCUGUUGGUUCAAAAGCAUUUUAUACUUCCAACCUGAAAUGGCUAAUUAUGGUUAUUUGAUGUUUACAACUUAUCCACUGAACAAUUCUUUCUUUUCUGUUACUUUAGCAAACUUAAAGCAUUUGCUCUGCUACUGGAGAAUACAUAUUUUUUUCACAGCCCACAGCCACCUUAUUGUCUCAUAUCAUUGUUCUUUAUAUGUGGCUAAAAAUUUCUGUUCUCUUUGCCUAGUUAAAAUCCAAGUCUGAAAAGUUGUCUGUAAACCUGCUUUUUCUUUCUGUGCCUGGGUUACAUGAUGUUUAUCUUUUGCCUUUUGUGGAAGCAUUAAACAUUACACUAAUGAAUGAAUUGUAAAAGGAUAUGGUUAUGGAUUUUGUGUGUGUAUCUCUCAGAAAAAAUGUACCUCCUCCCAAUCUCCACAUUUAAGGAGAACUAAAACCAUGUGCAACUGAACUGACUAAACCUAAAUAAAGCUUGAAAACUGAAAAAAACCCACCAAAAUCCAGUGGAGAUAGAGAAGAUAGUGAGCACUAUUUAGGAGAAGGGCUAAAGCCUUAUCUGGCUUAAAACAAUUCAGUAUUAAUGCAAACCAACCAUUCAGACCUGGCAUAAAGUUCUGAAGUGAAAUUGCAUCGCUGCCCCCGCCGUCUCUUAGUGCCCACCCUACUUCCCUGCUCAUCCAAGCUGGGCACCAGGGCAGAGCAUGCAGCAGAUCCUGCUGAUCCUGGAGCCUCAUGUGGAUAUUGAGCUGAGAGUUAAGACACCCAGCUUGGGAGCAGGAAAGCAGCCUUGACCCUCAGGGCAGAGCAGUUCAAGGUGUACUGUGAUUUUGUGAGCACACACAACAGAUUUAUCUGACAAAACCCAACUAAGAAGACAGUAAGUGACAGAUUUAAAUAAAUAGUAUCAACACAGAUAUCCUGCUACAGUCACCAUGAGUUUUGAGGAAAAGCAUAACACAGAACACUUCAGUAAGAAGUGUUAAGAUUUUUAGAUGAAGAUUAAAACAUCAUCCCUUUCAGUACACAAACUUUGUUUCUGUACACGAGCAGCACUGGUGAAGCACAGGAGUACAGGUUCAUCUGUAACUGAGAAAUGUGCAUUUCUCCCCCACACCUCUCAAAGCACUGAACACCACUGUUAAACAGCACAGUCUGUAUAACACUGAGACACCAACACCAGUGCUUCAUUAGUCAUUCACCAUGACUGACAGGUCUCACAUAUGAAGUUUUUGAAGGUCUGUUAAAAUGGGUCAGAACCACAUCAGCACGGAAGCACAGAUUGUUGUAUCAAACUCCUACCUUCUUACACUUAAAAAUUUCAGAGGUGCAGGUUUCCAAAUACUUUAAUCUUACUUUGUGAAAACACCUACCAUUUUUAAAUAGCACUUUGAACUAAAGAAGAGUGCUCAUUUAAUCACCUAUUGGAUUGUAUUCUUUAUUCCAGCAGACACACAGUGCAAAGUUCUAUCCAAGUUCACAAAACUGAUAAUUCCUUCUAAUAUUAAACCUACAAAUCCCAUGCCCAGUGUUUACUAUUUGGAUUUUGAUGGCUUAGUGAGGUAAGUAAAGAUCUGCUAAUGAACAUCUUGGCAGCUCAGACACAGAAGCAGAAUGUGCUGUCCCAUCCCUCACAGAUGUAACAGUGGCCGGUGAUCACACACUGGUCACUGGAAAGCGCACAGCCCCAUCCAGGCUAAUUCCAGUGACACAUCCCAGCAGGAAAAGUUUUCAGUCCUUAAAGAAUAUUGCUAUAUGAUAAAUUCUGUGCCUUGGAAUCAAGCAUUGGAAGAACUGACAGUUAAUAAAAAUUCAGUUUUGAAAUGACUAAUGCUUAAGACACACUCAUAAAGCAAAAUUCUGUUCACCCACUUAAAACCUCUGGCAAGUUAUCUUCAGGGAUGAUUCAACAACAGAAGACCAAAGAAAAUACUUAAUUACUGUCAUAUUACUUCCAUUACAGAGAGUGUGUCAAUACAAAAUUAAAGCAUUGUGUAUAUGCAGUGUAAGGAUUAAGGCCAGCCAGGUUAACAUACAGCUCCCAGUUAUAUCAAACAUCCUUAGGGCUUCCUAAGGGGGCUGUUCUUCCAGGAUCUAGCUGGAUGAAAAGCACAAAGAACCACAGCCAGUAUGUUCUUUCCAAAAAUACAGCAUUUGGCACAUACAGCUCUACAGGGGUAGGAUUGAACAGCUCAGUUCAAACCUGUAACACAGAGAUCUCAGUGGUUGCCCUGGUUUCCAGAACUGGAAAGAGUAUGGAUUAGAAAACUUUUCUAAUUAUGUAUAGAAUUUUCUUUAAAGGAAAGAUAAGGAAGGUAAAUACACCAUUUCCCACAGAAAAAAAAAAAAAAAAAAAAAAAAAAAGAACCAUGCCCA